UUGAAGUUAUAACAUUUAUUGAUCUAUUCUUGAGAUAUGAAAAAAUACUUUGUGUGAAUAUGGAGUGUUGCUAUACAAAAAGGAACAUCUCUAUUUCAAACAUUUUUGAAAAUUUUCCAUUUAUUAGCAUGCAGGAAAAUGUUGAAAAGCUAAUAUGAGACAAAAUAUCACAGAUGAGAUCAGUACUUUAUUUAGUUCCUCAAGGAAGGACUUUUAGACAUUAAAAACAUUUCAUAAAUGUUCAGUAAAUGCCCCUCAAAACACUGGAAAUUGCAUUUCCGAGCAUCAAUGUUUCAAAAUUUUUGGGGGGGGGGGCAUGCCAGACCCCCUAGAAAAAGGGGCCUUCUGGCACCUUAAUGGACACAGCCCCCUACUUUAUUAACUUCACUGUCUGGUUCAAAUAAUUUCGAAAGCCCUGGGAGAGGUUGUUUUUCUUCCCCUCUGCAAGGUUAAAUUUGAUCUUUUAAAGGUUGACUAGAUAACACUUCUGUUGUUAAUGUUAAUGCCAAAAAUUUAUGCUCAUGUGACUUAAUAUCUGGGAUAACCUGUUUGGAGACAGGUUUGUCAUGAUUACGAUUUACCUCCAAAAAGUUUGAGGUAGUUUAUUGAAAAGAAGCAAUUGUUUCAGGGCAGAGGGACCUUUUCUCCCACAACCUAAAACCAGUACAGAAGCAAACAUAGCCAUUCAAUGGAGAACUCAUGGACAUUACAGUGUAUAUUUGAGUUAUGACUGUUGCAGCAUAGAAAUUAUUGUAUGAGUAUAUGUUUUCUUAUUGAGUGAUUGGUUUUAGGACUUUUUAGCCUUUUGUUCAUCUAUCUUGCAAAUGCAAUUUCAGAUUCUUUUAAAUUAUCUCCAAAUAAUUAAUGAUGUAUUCAUAUUAUACAGUCGUAAAAAGGCAGAAUUGACUUUCUCUGUUUGCUGGCUUUUAGGUAACAAUAACGGGGCAUUGAGAAACGCUUUGACUGAUUGUCUUUAUUGCUCUUUAGUGUCAUAUUAGUUUAUACAAGUAAUUACUAAAGAUAUAUUAUAUGAACUACUGUACAUGUAUAUUUGUACAAAUUUGUUAUAGUGCAAUAAUAGAGACUGAGGGCUAAAUUCACUGGAGUUUUCUAGUUUUUUGUCUAUUUGGUAGUAAUAACAAAAACAGCUGCUUGAAGAUGUAUCAAUGAGAUGAUAUUUUGCAGAAAAUUUUCUGGGGAAAAUAUUUUGAAAUUUUUUUCCUAAUAUAGGUAGUCAUUGGUACUUAAAAUCCCUGGUAGAGUAAUUGUUAAUUGAAAGUAUAAGGGUUCAAAUAGACACUAAAGAAAUACAAUGGGUUAGCGUUAACUAAAUUUGUCUUAGUCUUAUAUCCUUUAUAUCUAUUUCCCGGGAUUAUUGCCUUCACUCUAUACCUGAAUGACAAUUUGCUAAGGAUCUUGAUUUUGGAGAAAAAAUUAAGUUAUGGAAAUUUAACUUAUAUAUAACCCAUGACCUUGGUUUAAAACGAUGUUCAAUUUCGUCUACUCAACGUUCGAUUUCAUCUCUACUUCAGGUACAACCUCAUGAUUAAAUGGCACUUAACAAUCAACAGUAAAAUAUGUGUGACAGACUGGAAUCAGAGGCUUGUUAUUUCUGACAGGGCUCAUCUUGUGUUUGACCUCCACCAAGAAUCAGAUAGGUUAAAGGAAUCAGGAAGAGGAAGACUGGGCACUACUAAGAAAGGAAUUGGUCCAGCAUAUGCAUCUAAGGCACAAAGACUUAAUCUAAGAGUAUGUGAUCUUAUUGGAGACUUUGCGGCUUUUUCAGAAAAAUUCAAGAAUUUGGCUUCUCAUUUUCGAAGACUAUUUCCAAAUUUAGAUGUGAAUAUUGAUGAAGAGCUUAUCAAAUACAAGGGAUUUGCUGAGAAAAUUCGCCCCCUUGUCAAGGAUACGGUAGUUUACAUGCAUGAAGCACUUCAGAACCCAAAGCUUAACAUUGUUGUGGAAGGUGCCAAUGCUCUAAUGUUGGACAUAGACUUCGGUACCUAUCCAUUUGUGACAUCAUCCAGUUGCAGUAUAGGAGCAGUAUGUACGGGUCUUGGGAUACCUCCUCAAGCUAUCGGUGAAAUAUAUGGCGUAACUAAAGCCUACACUACAAGAGUUGGCAUUGGUGCCUUUCCUACGGAGUUAAAAGAUGAGUUAGGAGAUAGACUUCAAAAAGUUGGACAUGAAUACGGAGUAACGACAGGAAGACCUAGACGUUGUGGCUGGCUGGAUCUGAUUAUGCUCAAAUAUUCUUACAUGAUCAAUGGCUUUACAUCGAUUGCUAUUGCGAAGCUCGAUGUUCUUGAUGACUUUGAUGAGGUGAAACUUGGUGUGGCAUAUCUACACAAUGGCAGAAAGCUCACUUCCUAUCCAGCAACUCAAGAAGUACUACAUGAAGUUAAAGUCGAAUACCUAACAUUACCAGGAUGGAAAACUAGCAUCAAGCACUGCCGUACAAUGGACCAACUGCCAAAAAAUGCACAAAACUAUGUUAGAAAAAUUGAGGAAGUCGUUGACGUGCCAGUUCGUUGGGUUGGUGUUGGACAAUCUCGCGAUGCAAUGGUUAAUGUAUUCUGAAAAGGAUGCAACAUGUCAUGGAUGACAAACAUGUAACUUGGUUUAAUAUUUUAAUUUCUUACUAUUUAUUCUCACCGCUAUGUCGGUAAGAUGCUUUAUUGUGCCCUUUUCCUUUAUAUGUCUCUUGAGUAUAUUGGAGUAUAUUAAAUAAUUCUCUCGUUAAGCACUAAAAACGGAACUGAAUUCAGCAUGUGAUUAUUUUGGGUUUUCAAUAGACCUGAUUUAUUUACUUUUCCUGAGCCGAAUGUCCCUUCCUCCUGUUCCUAACCAUCUUGACCAACCAGAAUCUAUAAAAAUUAGAUUUUUGCUAUAAUCUUCUUGGGGUGUAGAAAUGCGUUGCAUAAUGCUGGAUUCUGCUAUUGAUAACUGUGAUGCACUAAUUACUUCAAUUUAUGCAAAAAAGGAGCUUGGAUGAAUUACUUGGAUUGCAGACUGUACGCAUAUUAUUUCAUAAAAUGAAUUCCUGGCUUUCGACUCUUGAAAAGUAAAAAGGUCGGCUUUAAAAAGGACUUGAACUGCAAGUUAACAACCUUCAAAAAAUAAGAUCAUGCUAUAGUGCAUUAUGCGUUUUUACGUGUUUUUUCAUUGAAUCUAUACCAUUGUUGAUGUAGGUGGAGUCAUUAUAUGCAAUUGUGAUAUAUUGUGUUGACUCACGUUGCAUUUUGUGUUAAUUUGUACUUAUUUUUUAUUCGGCUUUUUUUUCCUUGUCAAAUGCUCAUUGACUUUUGUCUGUAACGAGUGUCAUAUGAUCAAUUAACACUUAUUGACUGGGACAUAGGGAAAACAAAACACUUUGCUUUCCCGAGGUUCAAGUUAAUGAAUGUUUUGUUAUAUACCAAGUGUCAAAGAAAAAAGAAACUUAGAAAAACGUACAUUUCUGGAAACAUCACUUCCGGUAUUGCUAUUACCGGUCAACAACGUGCUGUUGCCCGCUGACCACCGCCGGGGAAACAUCGAAACUUGUUCACGUUCACGUGAUACCCUCUCGCCCAAUCAGAGUACGAGAAAAAUGGACUUUGACAGUUGGUUUAUAACAAAAAGACCUAUUUCAUUUGCUCCGCUCGAAAAAUUGUUUUCUAAAGGAAAUGUCAAUUUAAUGUUUAACUUUUUUCUAACUUAACUACCUUGCAAGUGCCUGAGUGAUUCGGCCGUGAAAGAAUAGGUAUUUCAUUGUUUUCUUUUGUUUUACUUGGCCUGUUAGUAUAUUAUACAACUUUAGUUCACGGGCCAAUAAAAUCACAGCAGGCUUUCAGCCUCGUCAUAAUCGGAAUCGCAAGUGUGUUUUUAAUCUCGUGCAAGCUUAAAAGACGGAGGGAUUGGGUGGGAGGUCUGUCACGUGGCUAAACCUGGUUUAUACAAGGAAACAAAACCAGAAAUACUUCCAAUUGUGAUUCUGUCUUUACGUCUCACAUGCGCACGCACUUUCGCUUCCGAUAACCCUUAAACAAUUACUGUUACAUGAAAUGUGUUGAAAAAGAAAUAAACUGUGAAUUUCUCAUAACGAUAUUAA